UGGGCGUUGCCCGGAAGCCUGCGGAUGAGGCGGGAUUGUCCCUUCGCGACUGCCGUGGCGCCGCCCGGUGCGUUGCCAUGGAGACGGGCUGGGCGAGAACUAGUGGGCUGCGGCACGCAGAGCCCCGACCCUACUUCUCGACUAGGACUGCUGGGGUUCCCGCGUGAUCGCAGGGCGGUGGCCGGUGAGUCCGGGCCCGGCAGCUCCAGGACGGGGAAAACGAGGCCGGGGUUUCUCCGGAGACCCGGCACAGCCCAUCUCUUUCCGCAACAAGGGACCAUUGCUAUGGAAACCGGAGCCCCGGGCCGGCGGGGACAGUGGCUCGUGGGUCGUGACCGAUCUUCUCUUACCCGGAGACGCUCGCCCAAAGAUGCUUCCUGAAUGCACUUGCCCUCCCGCCCGCGAGAGAGAGUUUUCCAUGGACACAGCCUAGCAGGAAGAGGCCGCCUCUAUGUCUCACGGGCCGCUGACCCACCGGCCCAAUGACAGCAUCCCCGUGUGCCUCCCCGGUUCCAUUCCGGCAGCCCUCGGUCAGCGGCCUCUCACAGAUCACCAGCAGCCUGUAUAUCAGCAGCGGGGUGGCCGCCAACAACAGGCUCAUGCUGUCCAGCAACCGCAUCAGCACGGUCAUCAACGUCUCAGUGGAGGUGGUGAGCGCCUUGUACGGGGACAUCCACUACGUGCAGGUGCCCGUGGCCGACACGCCCACCUCGCGGCUCUGUGACUUCUUCGACCCCAUCGCAGACCACAUCCACAGCGUGGAGAUGAAGCAGGGCCGCACGCUGCUGCACUGCGCCGCCGGCGUGAGCCGCUCGGCCGCCCUCUGCCUCGCCUAUCUCAUGAAGUACCACGCCAUGUCCCUGCUGGACGCCCACACGUGGACCAAGUCCUGCCGGCCCAUCAUCCGGCCCAACAACGGCUUUUGGGAGCAGCUCAUCCACUAUGAGUUCCAGCUAUUUGGCAGGAACACCGUGCGCAUGGUCAGCUCCCCCGUGGGCAUGAUCCCUGACAUCUAUGAGAAGGAGGUGCGUCUAAUGAUUCCACUCUGAGCCAUUCGGCCAGCAUGUGCCCCAGGGUCACCGAUCUUCCACCAGGAUCUGUGCUCAGACACCCUCCUUUUGUCAAUACAGGAAAACCAGGUGACGCCUUUUAUAAGGGCAAGGAAAAAGGAAGGGUGCUGUAAGUUCUUAAUCUUAUCAUUCACAUCUUUAAAGAGUCAGCUUACUACAUGUAAGAUGGUGAAGAUAAGUUUUCUUCCCAGGGAGUGACAGGUCAUGGCUGCUGACCAGAGGGGAGGGUGAACCAGGUGGUACCCAGGUCAAGUGGACCAGUGCCCAGUGCACGUAGCAAGCCUGAUGGGCUGACUAACCCAGGAAUGAGUCUUUCACAAUCCUGCCUCAUUCUUUCGAACCCAAAGCCGGCCUUAAGCAUCAUGGCACCUCCUGUGCUUCUCACAGUUUAGGUGCCAACCUACUGGAUGAGUAGCCUUCAAGCAGUGUUCCAGAAACUCUGGGAGCCCCAAGGCAACCCUGCUUUCACCUUUAGCCACCAUUGUCCAACUCUGGUUUUCUGGAUUGAUUGGACUUACACAUAAGAUUGUUUUCAAAGGAAGUGUUCUGUUGUGUAAAAUUUUUUUUUAACUUUUUUUUUUUUUGAGCAUUGCUCUGCAUGGCAAGCUCUUCUCCAGCUUUUGAUGAAAGGUGACAUUGGUCUCUGUCUCGGGCCACGUGUGGAGAGCAGGUCUGACAUCGGCCCUCAGCCCAGAAGGUUGGAGCUGUGAACCGACACGCAGCCUUGUCACCUCCUGCUCAUGUGACCGGUGACCUCUUGGAGCCUGAGUUUCCUCAUCCCAGUGAUGACAGCUCUUUCCUCCUAGGGUCGUCGUGAAGAUCAGUGCUUCUUUAGCACGGUGCCCCAGCGCGAUAGGUGCUUGGUGUAACCAACCGCUCUCCGCACGAAUGAUGCGCUGGCCCCGCUGGCCCGGGUCUGAGUCAUCCUCCCAACAGCAGCUCCCCGCAUCUGUGCACAGCCCCUUAUUGCUCAGAAAGUGCUCUUUCCAAAAGUUGUCCUGCAUGGGGAAAAAACGAUUUCAGUCUUCCCGCACUCCUGCCUUGCAGGAGGCCUAGAUCUCGGAGCCCUUUCAGGUUUCCCACUGUCUUUAACCCCUGUGUCACCUGGGAGUCCUAGAACAAGGAGCUUCUCCCAAAGGGCCUUGUUUAGAUCACCGGCCAUGAGCGCCAGCUCUGGCCUAGCUGGCCGCCGGGGUCCACAGGGGCGUGUGCCAAAGGGGUGAGUGAGCGAGCCCCACCUGAAGGUCCUGAAAUCCAGGGUGGGCCCAGGGUGUGCAAGGAUCUGGGCCAAGACCAGCUAUUCUAACCCAGAGGUUUUCAGACCAAAGGACAAGUGCUCCAUCUGGGUCCAGAGCCCGGUGGGGGCCAAACACGCCUUCUCUCCACACCCACCCCUCCCCUGCUUUCACAAAGAGCCUGCCCACGGGUAUCAUUUUAGGGUCUGGGGAGACCAGUCUCAUUUUCUCGAUGAAUAAACAGACCCACAAACGCCAGGGCUGGUGUGGUGAGGGCUCCACAAAGCAGAAGAAACCCAUCUGAAAGAAACCCAGGUGGGAAAUUUCUUUGAAAGCAUUUUUUUUUUUUUUAAGAGAAGUUUAUUUGAGUAUAUUUUGUUUCAGGUUCUAAAAUGGCUAAACUAACAUACCAUAAAAGUAACUGUCUCCUGCGUAAGGUUCUGUGUGUUUUACCACAUUUGUGCCACCACCCCCGAAGUCAGGGUGCAGAGCAGUCCCGUCACCGCAGAAUUCCCUUACGCUGCCCCUUCGCCCCACCCCAGCCACUGGCAAACCCGUCUGCGUUCUCCAUCCGUAUAGAUUUGCCUUUUCCAGAAGGUCACAGACGCAGAUCACAGCGGGUGUGGCCUCUGGAGCCUGGCUUCUCUGAGUGUGUGCGAGGCUCACGCGUGUUGCCUCUCGGGGCCGUGUGCUGUCCCUUGCCGCGGUUCAUUUCUCUUUCACAAACCACUGAAGGAUAUUUGCCUUGUUUCCAGUUUUUGGCAAUUUUCAAUAAAACUGCUACAAAUA